AUGAAGUUUGCCAUCGCAUUCCUGGCCUGUGUGGCCGUGGUCGCUGCGACCGGCUACCACCAGACCCACGACAUCAAGGUCGCUGACAAGGACUUCCUGAUGAAGCAGAAGUUCCUCUUCGAGAUCGUCUACCGCGUGGAGGAUCCGCUGAUGUUCGAGGAGUACAUUGCGAUGGGCAAGAAGUUCUACUUCGAGCAGGAGCACUACAUGCACUUCGAUAUGUACAUGGAGAAGUUCUACGAGGCCUACAAGGCACAUGCCCUGCUGCCCAAGGGCGAGUUCUUUGGCGCCCUGGUGAAGCACCAUGCCAAGCAGGCACGGGGACUGUUCAACUUCUUCUACUACGCCAAGGACUGGGAGACCUUCAUGGCCAAUGUGGCCUUCGCUCGCAUGCACUUCAACGAGGGCAUGUUCGUCUACGCCCUGACCCUGGCCGUCAUCCAUCGCGAUGACUUCCAUGGACUCAUGCUGCCCGCCAUCCACGAGAUCUUCCCGCAGUUCUUCUUCAACAGCAAGUUUGUGAUGGAGGCCGAGAAGUUCGACUACGAGAUGUGGAUGAAGACUAGCCUGUACGAGAAGGAGUACAUGGAUGUGUACCACAAGAUCCCCACUUUUUCAUACGGACACGGAUACGCACAAGGAAUGGGACUCGGAUACGGAAAGACUUACGAACAUGGAUUCAGCAGCAUGUACCAGUCCAGCGACUACAUGUACAUGAAGGACUUCAAGACGUGGCAGUGGUGGAAGCUGAUGGGUCUGGGCGAGCACUGGUACAGUGAGAGCAACUUCAUCCUGCGCGAGAACAUCUACGAGUUCAACCAGGAAAGCAAGUGGCUGACGAUGAUGAAGGACGUGAAGAAGUUCUACAUGCCGGUGGACUACAGUCGCGAUCUGCACGUCUACAACGAGGAGUCCAAGCUGUCCUACUUCACCGAGGAUCUGGGCUGGAACACCUACUGGUACUACCUGAACAUGGACUACUCCUUCUUCCUGGACGGCAAGACCUUUGGCCUGCAGAACGAUCGUCGCGGCGAGUGGUGGCUGUACAAUGUGCACCAGCUGCUCAGCAGAUACCACAUGGAGCGUUUGUCCCAUGGCCUCGGUGAGAUUCCCCAGUUCUCCUGGUACCACCAGAUCGAGAUGGGCUACGAUCCGCAGAUGAUCUACUACAAUGGCAUUGGCUACAGCUACCGCAAGAACUACUACGAACUGGAGACGUACGGUAACUUUGAGAUGCUGGACAAGAUCACCGAUUUCCAGCGCCGCAUCCACAACAUCAUCGAUUUGGGCUACUACCAGACGACCGACGGUCACAUGAUCGAUCUGCGCAAGCCGGAGUCCAUUGAGAUCAUCGGUAACAUGCUGCAGGGCAACAUUGAUGCCAUCGACAACAUGUUCUUCCAGUUCUGGUACAUGCUGGCCCAUAUGUACUUCGCCGACACCACCUACUAUCAGAUGGAGGUGUACCCCAACGUUAUGCUGAACUUCGAGACGAUGAUGCGGGAUCCCAUGUUCUACAUGUUCUACAAGUCGAUCGCCCAGGUCUACUUCCAGUUCAUGCACCAUCUGCCCAAGUACACCAAGGAGCAACUUCUCAUGCCCGGCGUUACACUGAAGCAUGUGGAGGUCAGCGAGCUGGUUACCUACUUCGAUCUGGUUGAUUUCGAUGUGACCAACAUGCUCAACGGCAAGAUGGUCUUCCACGAGGGCCAGUUCGUAUGGGACAAGUCCUUGUUUGCCCGCCAGAUGCGUUUGAACCACAAACCCUUCAGCUACACCUACACCAUCGACUCGGCCAGGGAUGAGAAGGUGGUCAUUCGCGCCUUCCUGGGACCCAAGUUCGAUGAGUUCGGCAGGAUGAUCUCGCUGGCGGACAACCGCUUCAACUUUAUGGAAAUCGACGAGUUCACCUACACCCUGAAAACGGGCAGCAACCUGAUCACCAGAAAGUCCAACGACUUCGCUUGGACCGUCAAGGAUCGCACCACCUACACCGAGUUGUACUACUACACGAUGAUGGCCUUCGAUGGCAAGUACGAUUACCCAAUGGACCUGACUGAGCCCCACUGCGGAUUCCCCGACCGUCUGGUUCUGCCCAUGGGCUGGAAGAAGGGCAUGCCCAUGCAGAUGUUCUUCAUGGUGGUUCCCUACAUGGCCCCACAGCACGAGCAGUUCACCACCUUCGACUACACCUACUCCUGCGGCAUCGGAUCCGGAGCUCGCCACGUGGACAGCCUGCCUUUUGGAUAUCCCUUCGAUCGCGAAAUCGACGAGUACGAGUUCUACGUGCCCAACAUGUACUUCAAGGAUGUGACCAUCUACCAUGCGGAUGCCAUGGAGAAGUACUACAACUACAAGGAAUACUCCAACUACGGUCACUUUGAUUACUCCUUCUUCAGCGACUACUACACCAAGUACUUCAAGUUGUAG